GUUGAAAAUUGAAAGCCCCACCCAAGCGCUGAAUUCUCAAAUUCUUUAUAUUCCAAAAACUUGGAAAGCAGUGUCGUGUUGGAGGGGAGUGGCAGCCGAUCCAUAGCAGCAUUUGGAGUUUCUAGGGUUUCGUUCUUUUUUGUGAAGCCCUGUUCUUUUCUCACUCCUAAUUGGCAGAAAUGAAGCUCACUGUAAAGACUCUCAAAGGCAGUCACUUCGAAAUUAGGGUUCAGCCCUCCGAUACCAUUAUGGCUGUCAAAAAACACAUUGAAGAUGUGCAAGGAAAAGAUAAUUACCCAUGUGGGCAGCAGUUGCUGAUUCACAAUGGUAAAGUGCUGAAGGAUGAAAGUACGUUAGUGGAAAACAAAGUCUCUGAGGAUGGUUUCCUCGUUGUCAUGCUUAGCAAGAGCAAAACUGCUAGCUCAAGUGGGACAACAUCUGCUCAGCAGCCAUCAGUUACUGCAGCUAAUCCUACUCCAGCACCUGAAGUGACUCCGCCAUCACAGGCCCCAAAGAAUGUUGCAUCAGCUUCUGAUGCUGCAGCAGCUAGUCUUCCAACUGAUGAUUAUAGUCAAGCUGCGUCAAAUCUAGUUGCUGGCAAUAAUCUUGAGCAGACAAUACAACAAAUUAUGGAUAUGGGUGGCGGCAGCUGGGACAAAGAGACAGUUACACGUGCACUUCGAGCAGCUUAUAACAAUCCUGAAAGAGCUGUUGAUUACUUAUAUUCAGGAAUUCCUGAAACAGCCGAAGUCGCUGCACCGGUUGCUCAUGGUGGAGUUAAUUCUGCAGCUGGGACUACUGCAGCGCCUACUGCACCUUCCUCUGGCGGACCUAAUUCUGCUCCUUUAAAUUUGUUUCCUCAGGAGAAUGUUGCUGGUGCUAACGGUGCUGGUCUUGGAUCCCUUGAUUUUCUCAGGAACAACCAACAGUUCCAAGCUUUACGUUCUAUGGUUCAAGCUAACCCACAAAUUUUACAACCUAUGCUUCAGGAACUAGGAAAGCAAAAUCCUCAACUUUUAAGAUCUAUACAGGAGCAUCAUCAAGAGUUUCUUCAAUUAAUUAAUGAACCUGUAGAUGGUUCCGACGGGGACAUCUUUGAUCAGGCUGAACAAGAGAUACCCCACACAGUUAGUGUCACACCAGAAGAGCAGGCGGUGAUUGAGCGACUGGAGGCAAUGGGUUUUGAUAGAGCUCUUGUCAUUGAGGCUUUUUUGGCUUGUGAUCGCAAUGAGGAACUAGCCGCAAAUUAUCUGUUGGAGCAUGCAGGAGAUUACGAAGAUUAAGUGGCAACGUAUUUUAGCAGUAUUUUUUUGCAUUCACCAACAGGUUUUGGGUAGUUUUAUAGUACUCGAGAUGGAUUGUAAAGGAGGUUUUACUUUAAUGAUUAAUCGUUGGAUCCAAAAAUUCUCCCCAAUUGGGGAAGCUUAACUUGUUAGCUUUUCUUUUUAUUCACACUUUGUCCGCAAGAAGGAGAUCCUCAUUGUUUUCCCAAAAGAAACCGAAAAGAAAGUUACUUUUGGAUUUCGUUCCAAGAUGUAAAAACCAGCCAGAGACAAAUUCGCUGCAUGUAUUAUCAUGUUAGCAAUAGAUAAUAAAUCAUUUCUAGUACUGCA